AUGGCGGAACCGGGGCGCGAGGCAGGGAGGCGGACGGAGGCCGGUGGGGAAGGCGGGGGCCCUUCUGCCGGCGGACCUCCGGAGGAGGAAGCGGCGCUGAGCCAGCUCUUCGCGGGGCGCCUGUGUGGCCUGGAGCGGCGUUGCUCCUGCUGGAGCGUGCCUGAGCCCGGCCUGCGAGAGGCCGGGGCCGCGUCUGGGCGCCUCGGAGCCGCAUCGCGGGCCGCGGAGAAGUGGGGGAGGGGAGGGGGCCUGCUCGGAGAGGUCGGAGCCGCAUCGCGGGGCCCGCCGGAGAAGUGGGGGAGGGGAGUGGGGCCUGCUCGGAGAGGCCGGAGCCGCGUCUGGGCGCCUCGGAGCCGCAUCGCGGGGCCCGCCGGAGAAGUGGGGGAGGGGGAGCGGGGCCUAGCGAUCAGUCAAGCAACCAACAUGACGGGCCUUCGGUGGGCCCCGCGGGUGUCGGCCCCACGGAUCCCCUGCUUUAAGGGAGGAAUGGAGCCGUUCACCGUGCAAACAGCUGUGUGCGAGCGAGACGGACGGACGGGCAGGCAGGGGAACGGACGGGCAGGCAGGGGAACUGGGGGCGGCCAGUGGGAGGCCCUGACGCUGCGGGUCGGUGGGGGCGUUAGCGGGGACCGCAGGAAGCUCGGAGACGAGAGCGAGAGGGCUCCGGCCGGCCCUGGGCGACGGCCACAGACGGUGCUCCGGGUUCGGAGGUGCAGCUGCUCGGGAGAAGCAGCGCCGGGUCAGAGUGUGCCUGAAAAGCCCGGAAAGAUAGUUAUACAAGGGGUUGCUGGUAACUCUGGAUGCCUUCCACUUAGCAUGGUGCCUUAUACAUGGAAGGAUUCAAGGACCAAAGGGGCUGAAUAAGCAGAUCUGAGAAUGAUCAACAUAGAGAUGUGAAUUGAAACCAUGGGAGCUGAUGAAGUCAUCAAGUAGAACAGUACAGAGAUUGAAGAGAAGGUGGGUCCGGACAGAGUCCUUGUAGACAACUACCUUUAGUUCGUAUAAUCUGGACCAUCUCUG